CGGGAAGUUUGGUCCUCGCAGUCAACAACACUCCUUACAGACAACGUUCAACAACAAAGUCCAGAUGCCUCCUAAAGCUAAGGCGGCAGGGAAAGCAAGAGCUCCAGCUAAGAGGAAGCUAGCAGAGGAGUUUCCACCUGGAGAAGUCCUCACAGACACCGGGAAGAAGUCGUGGAAGCUGGGGGCUCCUGUCGGACAAGGGGGCUUUGGACUCAUAUAUUUGGCUGAUGUCAAUUCUGAAAAACCUGUAGGUGCCGAUGCUCGCUAUGUCAUCAAAGUGGAGCCCAGUGAGAAUGGACCACUGUUCUCUGAGCUCAAGUUCUACAUGAGAGCUGCCAAAGCUGAUCUGAUUGAGGGCUGGAUGAAGUCUCACAAGCUGAAGAAUCUGGGAGUCCCCAGGUACUGGGGCUCAGGUCUGCAUGAGAAAGGAGGGAAAAGGUAUAGGUUCAUGGUGAUUGACAGACUGGGCACAGACCUGCAGAAGAAGUUUGAAGAAUGUGGAAAGAAGUUCCCCAGAAAACUAGUCCUGCAGCUCGGCCUCCGACUGCUGGACACCCUGGAGUACAUCCACGACCACGAGUACGUCCACGCCGACAUUAAAGCGUCCAACCUCAUGUUGAGCCACAGCGAUCCCAACCGGGUUUACUUAGUAGAUUAUGGGCUGGCAUAUAGGUACUCUCCUGACGGGGUCCACAAAGAGUACAAAGAAGACCCCAAGAGAUGUCACGACGGCACCAUCGAGUUCACCAGCAUCGACGCUCACAAAGGAGCAGCUGCAUGCAGACGGAGCGACAUGGAGAUCCUGGGUUACUGCAUGCUUCAGUGGCUGUGUGGUCGGCUGCCCUGGGAGGACAAGCUGCAAGACCCCCUCUACGUCAGAGACUCCAAAAUCAGGAGUCAAGAAAACAUCUCUGAGUUCAUGACCAAGUGUUUCUCCUCUCAAGACAGGCCAGAUGAGAUGCAGAAGUUCAUGGAGGAGGUGAAAGCUCUGAGCUACCAAGACAAACCACCGUACGACAAGUUCCGCUCCAUCCUGCAGGCCGGACUGAAGAGCAUCCAGGCUAAAGACGACAGCAAGCUGGAGUUCACGCUGACCAACGGAGCUGCUUCACCUCCUGCUAAGAAGACGACCAAGAGAAGGAAAGUGGCAGAUGAAGGAGAAGGCGAUGAGGAAAUUGAUGGAGGUAUCAUCAAGAAAAAGAGAGUCACAAAGAAGAAAGAAACUGAAGGUGUAAUCAAUGGUGUCAAGAAGAGUCCUAAGAAGGCUCCUAACAAGAGUCCUAAGAAGACUCCUAAAAAGUCCCCUAAACCAAAGGGGCUCAGCACUGGAAAACGGGGUAACCGCAAAACCACACAAGUGGACAUGAGCACCCAGACGUCACCUGCCUUCGUCCAGAGAUCCAGAUAGAAAAGCAGCACCUUAUCCUCCAGCUCUCCUUUCACUCCUCCAUCCUACUGGUUUUCCUGUGUUUCUUUAAAAAGAACAAAGCCUUUUUUAAGUUUUACAUGAUGUGAUUUUCUUUCUGUUUCUGAUACUAACUGAUAAAUAUUGAUGUUUAUGUUUGUUGUGAUUGA